AUGAAUUCUACUCCUCCUAUUCUGAGAUCUGCAACUGUUGUGAGGAAUUUAGAAAACUCUUUUAAAAAUUCACAGCAAGAUAGGAUGGUGAAGAUUGAAUUAGAGGAUAUAGAAGAUGAGGUUAAUUACUGGAAACCUUCAUUGGUGUGUUAUGUUCUUGGAGCCAAUCCACCUUUACAUGUAUUAGAAGGCUUUGCAAAACGUAAAUGGAAUGACAAUGUGGAUAAAGUAAAAUUGCUAGCCUAUGGAGUGUUCUUGAUUAGAUUUCAUUCGGUUGGACAAAGAGAUGAAGUUUUGAAUGGGGGUUAUAUUUUCUUCAAUCGAAAACCGGUCAUUAUGAAACCAUGGGACCCGAAUGUUAGUAUUAAGAAAGAAGAUGUGAAAAUGGUGCCAAUUUGGAUACAAUUAGAGGACUUAGACCUCAAAUAUUGGGGGGAAAAGUCUUUGUUCAAAAUAGUUGGGCAAUUGGGGAAACCUAUUAUGGUGGAUGCGAUUACAAGGGAACGAGAAAGGCUUAUGUUUCCAAGGGUGUUGAUAGAGGUUAGUAUUGAGCAAGAACUUCCAGGCUUGAUUGAAUUUGUGAAUGAGUAUGGAAGUACCACUACUGUUAUUGUACAGUAUGAAUGGAAGCCUACCUUAUGUCAACAAUGCCAUGGCAUGGGACAUGUGACAGCCGAAUGUAAGAAGAUGAUUCAGCCUAAGAAAGAAUGGAUAGUGAAGAAGGAUAACAGGGGAGUCAACAAAAAAAUUAUACUCGAUGAGGAGGGAUUUCAACCGGUUUCUGGAGGGAAGAAAAGCAGAUUACAAGAAGCACCUGCUGAAACCGAAUUGCAGAACACUUUUAGUGUGCUAAUAGCAGCAGGUGGUGAGAAACAGGACUACCAAGAAGUGGAAAUUGGGGCAAAACAGAAUAAUACAAGAGAGGGGGGAGAUCCCUCUCUUGGAAAUGGAUAA